AAACUCAGAGACAGUUUCACUUGCCUGGGCUGCACCAAGUUGAGUUCCCUUCCUGAACAAAUGGGAGCUUCCUUGGAACGUGGAGGACGCAGAGGAUUAUAAUUGUUUUCAAGGUGUGUUUCCAGGAAAUUUCCCUGAGAACUUUAACCUCCAGAAGAUCAGUGGAAUUUGAUCUGAAGCACUUCUAGAAAAGUCUAAGGCCUGGAACAGAGGCGACCAGGACGGAGGAAGGGCCUGGGACGUUGGGGUGCCCCGUCUCCUUAGUCUCUAACCCACGGCCCCCACCUGCUGUCUCAGGCCGGCCAUGACAGCGCAAGGCCAAAGUCUGAGUUCAGAUGAUUACUGUCAAAUGGACUUUCGAGGGAAGCUUCUGAUUAUAGAUUCGAACCUCGGAGAUCAAGAUGUGGAGCGCUUGAAGUUUCUCUGCCGAGACCACAUCUCCUCCAGGAGCCUGGAGAGGUCCAACUCGGCCGUGGAUAUUUUUGAUCAGCUGAUGACAGAGGAGCUGCUGAGUGAAGAAGACACUUUCUUCCUAGCGGAGCUUCUGUACACCAUCAAGCAGAAUUCCCUGCUAAGGCACCUCCACUACACCAAGGAGCAGGUGGCAUGCUUGCUGCCCACCCGCCGGAAGGUCUCCCUGUUCAGAAACCUGCUGUAUGAACUGUCAGAAGACAUCAGCUCCGAAAACUUAAAGGGGAUGACCUUCCUUCUGAGGGAGUCCAUUCCUAGAGUCCAGAUGACCUCUCUAAGUUUGCUGUCAUAUCUGGAGAAACAAGAUCAAAUAGAUGAAGAUAAUCUGACGUUACUGGAGGAUGUCUGCAAAAAAAUUGCACCUAACCUUAUGAGAAAGAUAGAAAAAUAUAAAAGAGAGAAAGCCUCCCAGGUGGUGACCCCUCCCUCAGCCGAGGAAACUGAGUCAUUGCCUCAAGGAAAGGAGGAACUAUUUUCCCCAUCGGACAUUAAACAUCUCCUUGGAAGCUUACAGGAGGGGUCCCAGCAAGAUGAACAUGCAGGGAGUAACGGUGAGACAGCAACUCCGGUCUCCGUGGAGCUGUUGGGAGCAUCUGUUGAGACUCUAACUUCUAAAUCCAGCACAAAGGAGACAGCUGUGUACAGGAUGGACCGGAAUCACAGGGGGUUUUGUGUUGUUGUCAACAACCACAGAUUCACCUCGAUGUCAGAAAGACCAGGAACCCAUAAAGAUGCUGAAUGUCUGAGGCGCGUGUUUGAGUGGCUGGGGUUCAGCGUCCAUGUGUAUGUCGAUGUGACUAAAGUCCACCUCAUGCAGGUUCUGCAGAAAUAUCAGAGUCACCCAGGCCAUGCUGAUGGAGACUGCUUUGUGUUCUGUGUGCUGACCCACGGGGAAUUUGGAGCCAUCUACUCCUCUGAUGGGGACCUCAUUCCCAUUCGGGAGAUCCUGUCUCAUUUCACAGCCCAGCAGUGCCCCGGUCUGGCGCACAAACCCAAACUCUUUUUCAUCCAAGCCUGUCAAGGUGAAGAGAUACAACCCUCCGUAUCCAUUGAAGCAGAUGCUGUAAAUCCUGAGCUCAAGGCCCCUCUCCUUAAGGACAGCAUUCCUGUCGAGGCGGAUUUCCUUCUUGGCCUGGCCACUGUCCCUGGCUACGUGUCAUUUCGGCAUGUGAAGGAAGGUAGCUGGUAUAUCCAGUCUCUUUACAAUCAUCUGAAGGACUUGGUCCCAAGACGCGAAGAUAUCUUAUCCAUUCUCACCGCCGUCAACAAUGAUGUGAGCCGACAAGUGGACAAACGUGGAAGCAAAAAACAGAUGCCUCAGCCUGCUUUCACACUACGUAAAAAAGUCGUAUUCCCUGUGCCACAGGAAGAGCUUUUAUUGUAGCAGCGAAUUCUGAUCGACUUAAGACUUGAGAGGAUCCUUUGGCCAUCGCUCCAACUUCCCCACUCAUCAUAGAAAUUAGUGACAGAUGGUGAGCUGGCCUCCGACUGUCAUUCUAAUAAUAGAAAAGGUCCUAUUUUCUGCCACAACAAAUUCUGUUUUUUUUUUUUUUUCUUUUCUUCUUUUUGAUAUGCCACACAUAUGGCUCAAAUCUGCUGUUUCUGUGGCUGUGGUGAUUCACCCCCAACCUGGGAACUUCCUUUUUCUUUUCUUUCUUUCUUUUUUUUUCUGUCUUUUCAGGGCCAUACCAGCGGCAUAUGGAGGUUCCCAGGCUAGGGGUCUAAUUGGAGCUGUAGCUGCCUGCCCACGCCACAGCCACAGCAACAGCAACACCAGAUCCGAGCUGCAUCUGCGACCUACACCACAGCUCAUGACAACGCCCGGAUCCUUAACCUAUUGAGCGAGGCCAGGGAUUGAACCCACAACCUCAUGGUUCUUAGUUGGAUUCAUUUCUGCUGCCCCAGGACGGGAACUCCCCAACCUGGGAACUUCCAUGUGCCACAGACGCAGCUAUAAAACAACAACAACAACAAAAAGUUAGAAAACUUUCUUUAUUGAAGCCUUGGAUUGUUGUUUGUUUGUUUGUUUAGUGCUGCAUCUGUUGUAAAUGGAAGUUUCCAGGUCCCCAGGUGAGGGGUCACAUCAGAGCUGCAGCUGGGGCCACAGCCACAUGGGAUCUGAGCCACAUCUGAGACCUACACUGGCAGCUCGCAGCAACACCGGAUCCUUAAUCCACCGAUCGAGGCCAGGGAUUGAAUCUGCAUCCUCAUGGGAACAAUACCAUGCCCUUAACCCAUUGAGCCACAACAGGAGCUCCAGCCUUGGAUUGUGGUCUUGAAUUUAGUUGUGUACCCUGAGAAAAAAGUAAUUGUUCUUUGUUUGUGGAUCUGUGAAGGAAGUGGUGGAACAGGUAUAUUUUAAGGUUCCUUUUAGCUCAGAACCACUGUUCAUGGCCUUGACUGAGCUUAGGUGUCCUUUCUAUAUGCCCAUCCCUUGGUAUAAUUUUGUAUCCUCUCUGCGCCUUGUUUUAGACACUGGAUGGUGGCAUAGUCAUGGUUCACCGACUCUGCCCUCCCUAAAAUGUGGUUUGUGCCAUGCCCUUGUCCUGCUUUAGUGGCAGGAAUGGGCUCCUCAGGAGCUGUUUCUCUUGGGCUGAGAACAGGGUUGGCUCUAGGAAGAUGACAGCUCGAUGUGAAGAGAGACCCUCAGCUCCUCUGGGGACAGACGUUUUGACAAAUUUGCAUUAAAUUCCAUGUUGUGUUAAAUUCCACCAGCUUCAGAUACCCGUGACACAACAACCCAUCUCAAACCGCCUAAAGCUCAGAAGCAAAUUAAUUGCCUCUUUCCCUUGAAAACACAUCAACAGGAGACUGGCUUCAUGUGAGGCUUGAAUCAGGACUAAAUCUGCCAAACAGCAUCUCUCAGCCAGCGUCCUCCGGGUUGGCAGCCGACUGGCGUCAGUACCUCGCCUUAACGCCACACUCUCUGCUUCUCUGGCCCAAAGUGUUGAAGAGAGAGGCAGCCUCAGGUACCAGGGCUGUUCACAGGGCUCAUUGCUCCCUCUUUAGCCAGAGCAGUGUCUGACUAUGCCUUUGGUGGCUCUGUAUGGAAGCCUUGAUACUUGAAGGUUUUGAACACUUCUAUGUACUGAACUUUUUUUUUUUUUUUUAAUUUCAAGAGGAAUUUUUAAUUCUUGGAAGGAAUUAGAUGUUAAUUCCUGGAAAGAGGGGAGAUUAAAAAUCCCGUGGUUAAGGAUGCAUUUGCAGACCAAGAAGCCGAAACUCAAGGAGACAGAGUGAUUUUGCUACAGCCUCCAGGCAAUUAUUGUUUACAGCAUUUUAUUUCCUACUUAACUGAACUGGAAUGUCAUGAGUCAUAAGAGGACUCUGAAUGCUUCUUGGAAACGCAUGCCCUCAUGAAAGAUGUCAAGGAGUGAUGAAGAAAAAUAACUCAGUGAUGCUUGAUGUCUGACAAAUUUGCAAUGAGAGAUAUUCCUAAGAACAUUGUUAUAAUGUAGCCAGUUAUCAUAUGGAUUUGAAUGUAGGUGGUCCAAGGAAGCAAAUCUCAUAUAUAUGUCAGGAUAAUCUUCCAGAACCAUGUUUAUACAAGUCAAAGCUAACUACUAGUGGGUAUAGUCUUUGCCCAGGUGGGUAUACACAGGACUGUUGGCCAUUUAACAGUCCUUUGCAAAUGAAGGAUGGUUUGGAACAAAAGAAGGAGCAAAGGAUCCAGAGAGAGAAGCUUUAGGUUUCUGUUGUACAUAUGCUGUGACCUUCUUGCUCUGAGACACUAAAUCUAGGUUUUUUUUUUUUGUCUUUUUAGGGCUGUACCCAUAGCUUAUGGAGAUGCCCAGGUUAGGGGUCGAAUCAGAGCUGCAGCCGCCAGCCUACACCACAGCCACAGCCACAGCCAUGCCAGAUCCAAGCUGCAUCUGCGACCUAUACCACGGCAAUACCGGAUCCUUAACCCACUGAGCGAGGCCAGGGAUCCAACCUGCAUCCUCAUGGAUACUAGUCAGAUUCGUUUCCGUUGAGCCACGACGGGAACUCCCUCAAGUUAGUUUUUUUGAACCUUAUCUAUAAAGCAGAGAAAGCAUUAUCUGUUGGGAGGAUUAAGUUUUGAACUUAAUUGUGCAGCACUGAAUAUAAGGCUUAUGUUAGCAGAGUCUUCUGGUAGUAACCUAAAUGGAAAUUGCAUUGCUUUGCAUCUAAUUCCAUCUGACUUUUAGCCUCAAAUCAACACUAGCAGCACCCACUGACAUUCUCUGAAUGAGGAACUACAGGGCCAGCUCUUGGCUUGGAGUCCACUGGACAAAAUACUGUUGGGGACUCCUGAAUCAGAAGCGUGUGGGGCUUGAUGUCGAAGUCCUGGUCUAUUUUAUAUUUCUGUUUUACUGGAACUUAGUGCUUGUGCAAGGUUAAAUUCUGGAAUCAGGAAACUUUCCAUGAAUUUUCUUUCCAGAGGCCUCCAGGAAGGGCUAGAGGAACCACUAGACAUUUAUGUCUGUGUGUCAUGGGUCUGUACAGACACCAGGGGUGCAAUCAUUCUGACUCAUUUUUCCUAAAUGGAGCAUGUACACACUUCUGUGUGUGUGUGUGUGUGUGUGUGUGUGUGUUUGUGAAUUUAGAGUCCAGAGAUGAGAGGAUGUGAUUUGGUCACAGCUACUUGACAGCUGGUACAGCCAUUGUCUAUGCAGACAUUUAUGAUGAAAGUGGGUGGAUGGAGGAAAGUGUCUGUAUAUUUUGCCCCAGUUUUGCUCACCUUUCUAGAGCUGUAAUUAAUUUUUUCUUUCUUUUCUUUUUUUUUUUCUCCCCCAAAAGUUUGGCUUCUCCCAAGCAAAAUGAAGGAUAUGGAAACUUUGAUGUUGGAUAUGCACAUGUUGGUUAUUUAAUAAUGAUGCUUCUGGUGUUUAUCAUUAUUAGAAAUAUUAAUCACUACAAUGUCCUACUGGCUCUACUUCAGAUUCUCACCGAGGUGAUGGGCGUGGGGUGAUAGCAUGGUAUUUCCUUUGGUAAUAUGUUAGAUUCUCCCAGUGCUCAGGUAAUUUAAACUUAGAAGCAACUGUGACAUUGCGGUUACUGACCAAUUAGAAGAGGCACUGAUCAGUUUAACACAACAGUGAAUGAGGCUGAAUAGCAGCCCUUUAUUAAAAGUCAAAUCUCCACUGAGGUGAACCAAAUUAGACAUUUACCUCCUUUUCUUUUUUCUUUUUCCUUUUUUUUCCAUACUCUUAAUUUUAUAACGUUUGCAGUUCUACAACAAUCAUCAUAACCCAAUUUUAUAGCAUUUCCAUCCCAAACCCCCAGCCCAUCCCCCCACCCCUAGCCUGUCUCCUUUGGAAACUGUAAGUUUUUCAAAGUCUGUGGGUCAGUAUCUGUUCUGCAAAGAAAUUCAUUGUGUCCUUUUUUUAGAUUUCACAUGUAAGCAAUAGCAUAUGAUGUUGGUGUCUCACUGUCUGAUUAACUUCACGUAGCGUGAUCAUUUCUAGGUCCAUCCGUGUUGCUUCAGAUGCUGUUAUUUCUUUCCUUUUAAUGGCUGAGUAAUAUUCCAUUGUGUAUAUGUACCAUAUUUUCUUGAUCCACUCCUCUGUCGAUGGGCAUUUAGGUGGUUUCCAUGUCUUGGCUGUUGUAUACAGUGCUGCAGUGAACACUGGAGUACAUAUAUCUUUCCGAGUCGUGGUUUCCUCUGGAUAGACGCCCAGGAGUGGGAUUGUUGGAAUAGACAUUUACAUCAUUUUAUAGAAAGCCUGUGUACUAUAUCUGAGUCGCAAAAUUUUCUAGGUCGGAUACUUGCUGAAUGAUCUAGUCAAGUUGUCUUCAACCUGGAAUUUUUUGGCCCUUAGGUUUUUGUGGAUUUAUUCUCAGGGGCUGGGAGUCCUCUAUCUUCAUUUUUAAAUAUUUUCAUUCCUUUGGGUGCUUAUCUUUAAAAAUUAAUAUAAGUGCACUUCUCUGUUGUAUGAUUGCUUCAUAUGUGAGCAUUACCGCAUAACUUCCGUGCUCACAUCUAGGAGCCCACAGAAAGCGAUUAACUUUACAUUGCACUUUUAAUGUAGCAUGGAUUAGAGUCCAUGGCUGGGGGGGCCUUCGGUUUACUGUCGGGUAUCAGGGGUUAAACUGUUUGAAACCUAUUCCAACCAUCCUCUUAUUUAUGACAGAUCCCUUCUUUACCAUCCCUCCCCGCUGCUUACGUCUUCCAACAGGGAACUUACAGCACACGCAGACUCGUGGAUUUGGGUGUUUAUGUCAUGAAUUUGAGAGACCCUGUGGUCCUUCAGAGGGUUAAACUUAUCCAAAUCUCACAGCUGUAGCGGAGGAUUUGCAAUCCUGUGUCUCUCUUGCUCUGCAAUCCUGCCACCUGGUUUCACCUGUGAACCACUUUAAUUAUCUUUUUCUCUGUUGGACUUGAAUCUGCCCCUCUGAAUGUACUUUAAGCCACUGAGGCUCAUUCUAACUCUGAAGCCAUACCAAACAAGUCUAACAAUUGUCUGGUGACGGAUAUGUCAUAUGUAACAAGUUUUUGUUUGUUUGUUUAUUUGUUUUAACUUUUUUAUCUGAUAGGCGCUGGAUCUUGUCAAAAGUCUAUAAUUUGCUCUUAAGGAUGUAGUAAGAAUAUAGUGACAGAUUUGUAUCUUUAAACAGAAACUAAGUUUCUGAAAGUGAAACCCUUUUAAAAAAGGCACUAAUGGAGUUCCUGUCGUGGCGCAGUGGUUAAUGAAUCCGACUACGAACCAUGAGGUUGCGGGUUCGGUCCCUGCCCUUGCUCAGUGGGUUAACGAUCCGGCGUUGCCGUGAGCUGUGGUGUAGGCUGCAGACGCGGCUCGGAUCCUGCGUUGCUGUGGCUCUGGCGUAGGCCCGUGGCUGCAGCUCCGAUUCAACCCCUAGCCUGGGAAUCUCCAUAUGCCGCGGGAGCGGCCCAAGAAAUAGCAACAACAACAACAACAAAAAGACAAAAGACAAAAAAAAAAAAAAAAAAAAAGGCACUAAGGAGGAGUUCCCUCGUAGGGCAGGGGGGUAAGGACCUUGUGUCAUCACUGCAGUGUCUUGGGUUGCCGCUGUUGCAUGGGUUCAGUCCCUGGCCUGGGAACUUCCACAUGCCAUGGGCAUGGCCAAAAGAAAUACAAACAACCAUUUUUUUUUUUUUUCUUUUUUAAAGUGUUUGGCUGCACCCGCAGCAUGUAGAAGCUCCAGGGCCAGGGAUCAAACCAGAGCAGAAAUAGCACCUAGGCCACAGGGGAAGUCCAUAGACAAUUAUUUCUUGACACAACUUUUGCAUAUAUGAAAUUUUAAAAGAGUUUUUCUAGUAAAAUUUUUUACUAGUAUUAUUAUUUUUUCUUUUUCUUUUUAGGGCUACACUCGAGGCAUAUGGAAGUUCCUAGGCCAGGGGUCUAAUCGGAACAGCAGCUGCUGGCCUACACCACAGACACAGCAACCUGAGAUCCGAGCCGCGUCUUCAACCUACACCACAGCUCAGGGCAAUGCCAGAUCCUUCACCCACUGAGUGAGGCCAGGGAUAGAACUCAUAUCCUCAUGGAUCCUAGCUGGGUUUGUUAACGAAGAGAACUCCCUAAAUUUUACUUUUUAAACUUAUUUUUGAAUAGGUACUAUAUUUACAUUGUUCAAAGAUAAGAAGAUAUGAAAAGAUGUUUAGGAAAUGUCUUGCCCUCAUUUCUGUCCACUGCACAUUCGGUCCUCCCUCCUCCUCAUCCCACAGAUGAUCUCAGGGUUUCCUAAUGCAAGUGCAGACACCGAAUACAAACUCUGUGCCUUUUAAAAUAUGUAUCUCUUGAAACAAAUUCCAUACACUGUGAAGUUCACAUCUCAUUUGGUCUUAUUUAAGAUGAUUCUGUUCAAUUCUAUACAGUUCGAGAAUGGGAAUAACUACGAGCUUUGUGGACUGAGUGCUUGUGCAUAGUAGUGAUUGCCUUACCAAUAAAUAUAUUUUUUCUCCUUUUUACCUUUGA